AUGGCCACCGCUAAACACCAUCAUUCCGCCACAAAAACCACCGCUAACGGUGGCGCAAACGUGCAGAUUCAACGACCACCACCCCCACUUCCAAAUUUCCUGGCUUCUGUUAAACUUAAAUAUGUUAAAUUAGGCUAUCAUUAUCUCGUCACCAACCUUCUCACCCUCUGUCUCCUCCCUCUCAUUGCCGUCGCCGCCGUCCACGUUUCCCAGUUAAACCUUGACGAUGUCGGGAAUCUUUACCGGCAACUCCAGUAUAACUCCAUCGCCGUCAUGGCGUUAGGCGGCGCCGCCUUGCUUGGAUUCACUGCCUACCUUAUGACCAGACCUAGAACUGUUUAUCUCGUUGACUACUCCUGCUACCGGCCGUCGGAUGACCUGAAAGUCCAAUUCAACAAGUUCAUGGAGCGCUCCAAGAUUCACGGCGGUUUCAAUGAGUCGGCGCUUGAAUUCCAAAGAAAAAUACUCGAACGAUCAGGUCUCGGAGAGGAAACUUAUCUCCCGGCGGCGUUGCACUGCAUCCCGCCGGCACCGUCCAUGGCCGCCGCGAGACAAGAAGCGGAAGAUGUUAUGUUUGGAGCUCUUGAAAAUCUAUUCAAAUCCACCAACGUUAAUCCAAAAGAUAUCGGAAUAUUAGUUGUGAAUUGCAGUCUUUUUAAUCCAACUCCGUCGUUAUCUUCCAUGAUAGUUAACAAAUACAAGCUCCGUGGGAACAUUAAAACGUUUAAUAUCGGCGGUAUGGGUUGCAGCGCCGGCGUGAUCGCCGUCGAUCUCGCGAAAGACAUGCUACAAGUACACCGUAACAGUUACGCAGUAGUCGUCAGCAUGGAAAACAUAACUCAAAAUUGGUAUUUUGGGAACAAAAAGUCAAUGCUGAUCCCAAACUGCUUAUUCCGAGUCGGUGGCGCCGCCGUCCUGUUAUCGAACAAGUCCGCCGAUAAACGCCGUGCAAAAUACAAGCUUCUUCAUGUUGUCCGAACCCACUGUGGAUCGGACGACACCGCAUUUAACUGCGUCUACCAAGAACAAGACGCCGCCGGAAAAACCGGUGUUUCACUGUCGAAAGAUUUAAUGGCGAUCGCCGGCGGUGCAUUAAAAGCAAACAUCACCACCUUAGGUCCACUGGUUCUUCCAAUCAGCGAACAGCUUUUGUUCUUCGCGACCCUAAUCGCGAGAAAACUAGCGAACACUAAAAUGAAGCCAUAUAUACCUGAUUUUAAGCUGGCGUUUGAUCACUUUUGUAUCCACGCCGGCGGGAGGGCGGUGAUCGACGAGCUGGAGAAGAACUUGCAGCUGUCGGAAGAACACGUGGAGCCGUCAAGGAUGACGUUAUAUCGGUUUGGAAACACGUCAUCAAGCUCGAUUUGGUACGAGCUGGCGUACACGGAGGCUAAAGGGCGCAUGACGAAAGGAAACCGUGUUUGGCAAAUUGCUUUCGGUAGCGGCUUCAAGUGUAACAGCGCCGUUUGGGAAGCCACUCGAGCCGUGAAGCCAUCGGCUAGUAACCCAUGGGCAGAUUGCAUUGAUAAAUUCCCUGUGGAAAUACUCAAAUAA